AUGUCUAACAGUGGAUCAUAUACCUGUCAGGGUGUCAAGGACAACAAGUUCUCCAAGAUCAGUGAUGCUGUACAACUAAAUGUGUCUGAUCAGCCACAACCUGUCCUGAGUAUCUCUCUUCAGUGGCUGAAGCCUGGAGACUCAGUGUCUCUGAGCUGUAAAGUUGACAGGAUGUCUACAGGCUGGAGGUUCUCCUGGUACAGGACUGUUCCCUACAGAGCUGGGUUAUCCUCCCUAUCAGACAAGUCUUACUCUCUACAGCCCCUAUCUGACAAUGUGACUAGUGAAGACUCCUACACUCUGAUCCCUGCUGGUCCUACUCCUACAGGAGGAUAUGUGUGUAGAGCUGGGAGAGGAGACCCAGUCUAUGACACACUCUACAGUGAACCUCAGUUUCUCUGGUCAGGAGAUCUGRACCCCUCAGUGUCUCUCAGAAUAAGUCCCAACACAACUCAACACUUUASAUCAAAGUCUCUCUCACUGAGCUGUGAGGASAAGGGGAACUCUACUGGAUGGAGACUGAUGAGAUACACAGAGAGAGGAGUYGAGUCAGMGWGUGUCUCUAYCUGGGGAUCAAUAACAGGGUCCACWUGUACCAUCAGCUWCACAUACACAUGGUKCAGUGGAGUYUWCUGGUGUGAGUCUGGAUCAGGAGAGUACAGUAAUGCUGUCAACAUCACAGUGSKUGAUGGUGAUGUGAUCCUGGAGAGCCCUGUCCAUCCCAUGACUGAAGGAGACUCUGUGACUCUGUUCUGCAAAUACUGGACAACCAGCUCAAACAUCAAGGCUGAUAUCUACAAAGAUGGAGUACUCAUCAAGAAUGAGACCACAGGAGAGAUGACCAUCCCUGCAGUAUCCAAGUCAGAUGAAGGAUUCUAUAAGUGUAACUCUGAUCAAGGAGAUUCACCAGAGASCUGGGUGACUGUGAGAGCUCAGGGUGCUUUGUGGUCUACUGGUGGCAUCUCCCUUUUUACUGGUGUCCAUCGUGCUGACGGUGAAAUGCUGCAGGGCUCGAGGUUUGUGUUCAACAGUCAGAUCUCCUCCAGACCAGAUACGAUCUGA